AAAAAAGAAGUCAAUAAAUAGGGGAUUAAAACAAUCUUGCAUUUCUUGUCUCCUUCUCUCUCUCCGAUAACAAUGUCCACCGCCGGUGGAACCGCUGUCGACGGCGGUAACCCUCUGCUAUAUUUCUGCUAUGAAUGCAAUCAUACAUUCACCAUGACACCUCCGCCUACUGGAGAUCUCAUCUGCCCUACUUGCAACGGCGGUUUUCUUGAAGAACUUGAAAAUUCUACCCCUGAUUCAGACGCCGAUCAUUUCUCACAAUUACAGGACCCUCUCUCCUCCAUUUUCGGCGCUCUUCCCUUUCUCUUAUCACCCCCUCCAAUCCCAUCAUCCGCGCUCUCCGUAGACUUACAAAACCCUAGAACGUUUUCCAGCAUCUUUGGACAGUCCAGGUCUUUUUCUCAAGAUCCUCACGCUUUCGAUCCUUACGCCUUUCUUCAGAAUCACCUUUCCAGCUUAGCUGCAGGUGGGGCGAAUGUCGAAUUUGUUAUUGCGAAUAAUCCUUCAGGAACAGGUACAGGUACAGGGUUUCAGCUUCCUUCUAACAUCGGUGACUUCUUUAUCGGUCCUGGCCUCGAGCAGUUGAUUCAGCAGUUGUCUGAAAAUGAUCCAAAUCGAUAUGGCGCCCCACCCGCGUCCAAGUCAUCUCUUGAGGCUCUUCCUACCAUAACGGUUGAUGAUGGGUUGUUGACUUCUGAUUUGGCACAAUGUGCUGUAUGUAAAGAUGAUUUUGAGAAGGGUAUGGAGGUAAAGCAGAUGCCCUGCAAGCAUGUUUAUCAUUCUGAUUGUAUUAUACCUUGGUUGGAGUUGCAUAAUACUUGCCCUGUUUGUCGGUAUGAAUUGCCUACUGAUGAUGCUGAUUAUGAUAACCGCCAAGGGGGGAGGGGGGAAGCUUCAGAAAGUUCAAAUAUCAAUCAAGAUGGUGGUAGUGAAGGGGGGUCCCAAGGAAACAGCCCAGGUACACGAACUGCUGAUCGAAGAUUUAGAAUAUCUUUGCCUUGGCCGUUUGGAUCUCCUGCACAAUCAAGUGGUGGUGGUGGUGGUGAAUUCGGUAAUGACAACGAACAACAUGAUAGUGGAACGAACUCUGGUGGGCAGCAGAACAGGGAAAGACAAGAAGAUUUGGAUUAAAUGUUUCCCAAGGUGUUUUCUUUGAGGGUGGAGCUGAGCAAAAUUUGAGAGAAUAGGAAGGAAGGAAGGAAGGAGGGGCUUAAUUACACAGUAGUAGAGUAUAGUAUAUAUGUUAUACUGGGUUUUGGAUUACAGAAAUAUCUUUUACUUUAUUGCUUACAGUUACAAUUAAAAUGUCCCCUCCUCCUCUUUGGUCCUUUUUUGUUAUUUUUGUGUGUUUCAUAUGUUGUUCAUAUAGUAGGAGUGUGUUGGUUCCAAAUCUUCUUCUUUUUGCUAAAACAAAUGUCAUACUCGUUACGAUUGCUUGCAACUUAUUUCCAAAGACCCUUUCUCUAUUA